CGAGCAUAUAGGCUGCUGAGCUCUGACUGGAAUCAGCCGAUGGGCUGAACGUUUAUGUGGAGAAACUCUGACCUGGUCCCUGGCGUUAUUCUACAGCUGAGUGCGUCUACAGCUGUGGUCAGAAAUGCAGAGAGUGGUCAUCGUCACCGGAGCCAACAGUGGCAUUGGCCUGGCGUUAUGUGAGAGGCUACUGACUGAGGACAGUCAGCUCCGUCUGUGUCUGGCCUGCAGAAACCUGCAGCGGGCCGAGGCCGCACGCUCUGCCCUGCUCGCCUCACACCCUGAUGCACAUGUGGAUCUGCUGCAACUCGAUGUGGGCUCUGUGCAGUCAGUCCUCACGGCUGCUCAUGAGGUCAAGGCCAGGUACAACAGGAUUGACUUUCUCUAUCUAAAUGCAGGAAUUAUGCCAAAUCCACAAGUGGAUAUUAGAGCUUUUUUCAAGGGACUGUUCUCCAAAAAUGUCAUCCAGAUGUUUGCGACAGCAGAGGGAAUAUUAACACAACAGGAUCGUCUCAACUCGGAUGGACUGCAGGAAGUUUUCGCCACCAACCUCUUUGGUCAUUUUCUUCUGAUCAGGGAGCUGGAGCCUCUGCUGUGUCUGACAGAAAACAGUUCGAGGGUUGUGUGGACCUCCUCGAGCAACGCCCGCCGCUCUGCCUUCAACAUAGAGGACAUGCAGCACAGGAAUGGCACAGAGCCCUACAGCUCCUCCAAGUACGCUUCAGACCUGCUCAGCCUGGCACUCAACAGACGCAAAAACAGCCAGGGGCUGUUCUCCUCUGUGAUAUGUCCAGGGCUGGUGAUGACUAAUCUAACCUAUGGCAUCCUGCCCUCUUUCUUCUGGACUCUCAUCAUGCCCAUUAUGUGGUUGAUAAGGAUCUUCACUAACACCUUCACACUAACACCGUACAAUGGAUCAGAGGCACUGCACUGGCUGUUUCUUCAAAAGCCAGAGUCUCUGGAUGCAAGGGCAAAGUAUCACAGUUUAACGUCAGGACUUGGAAAAAACUACACUAAGCCUCGACAAAUGGACAUGGAUGAUGAAAUGUCUGAUGCCCUAUAUUCAAAACUUCUUAAACUGGAGAAAGAAGUGCGAAGGAAACUGAGUGAGAGAGAGAGAACACAGUGAGAUAGUUUGUCUUUUGUAAAGUAAAUAGAUCGUGUGCAGGUUGUGAUGUAACCAUGAUUACAUUUGUCACACCUGUUUCACUGGAAUGUGUGUGUGUGUGUUUUCUCCACGUGAAUGAAAUGACCAUACUUAUAACCUACCUCGGUCAAGGUCAUGUUUGCUACAAGAGCAAAGCUCCUUAUGGAGAUACUGCAUUUGAUGAAACUGAUCAUGUGAACACAAGAAACAUGGCAAUGAAGCAAUGAAUAAAACCUUUUUGUCAACUUGUA